AUGGCACGCUUUUCAAUUCUUUCUGCUAUCUAUCUCUAUAUCCUUUUGGUCGGUUCCUGUCUUGCCCAGGUGCCUCGUGGCUCGCUUCAGCAGGUCACCAAUUUCGGGUCCAAUCCGACCAAUGUGGGCAUGUACAUUUAUGUGCCAAACAAUCUGGCUGCGAAACCGGGGAUAGUCGUGGCCAUUCAUUACUGCACUGGUUCCGCGCAGGCAUACUAUUCUGGCACCCCGUACGCACAGUUGGCAGAGCAGUAUGGCUUCAUCGUCAUCUACCCGAGCAGCCCAUACAGCGGCACCUGCUGGGAUGUCAGCUCGCAGGCAGCCCUCACCCACAACGGCGGUGGAGACAGCAACUCGAUUGCCAAUAUGGUCACCUGGACGAUCCAGCAAUAUAACGCGGACACGAGCAAGGUCUUUGUGACAGGGAGCAGCUCUGGAGCGAUGAUGACGAACGUCAUGGCAGCCACCUACCCCGAGCUCUUCGCUGCAGCCACCGUCUACUCGGGCGUUGCGGCAGGAUGCUUCGUUUCGUCCACGAACCAGGUCGACGCAUGGAACAGCAGCUGCGCCUUGGGCCAGGUCGUCAACACGCCGCAGGUAUGGGCCCAGGUGGCCGAAAACAUGUACCCGGGCUACAACGGGCCCCGACCCCGGAUGCAGAUCUACCACGGCAGCGCCGACACGACGCUCUACCCGCAGAACUACUACGAGGAGUGCAAGCAGUGGGCCGGCGUCUUUGGCUACGACUACAACAACCCCCAGCAGGUUGAGCAGAACACGCCCGAGGCCAACUAUCAGACCACGAUCUGGGGCCCGAACCUGCAGGGGAUCUACGCUACGGGAGUUGGCCAUACGGUUCCUAUCCAUGGUCAGCAGGACAUGGAGUGGUUUGGGUUUGCGUAG